AUGUCCUACCCGCAGGGCUACCUGUACCAGGCGCCCGGUUCGCUGGCGCUGUAUUCGUGCCCGGCGUACGGCGCGUCUGCGCUGGCGGCGCCGCGCAGCGAGGAGCUGGCGCGGUCGGCGUCGGGCUCGGCGUUCAGCCCCUACCCCGGCUCCGCGGCCUUCACCGCGCAGGCGGCCACCGGCUUCGGCAGCCCACUGCAGUACUCUGCCGCCGACGCCGCCGCCGCCGCCGCCGGCUUCCCGUCCUACAUGGGAGCGCCCUACGACGCACACACGACCGGGAUGACGGGCGCCAUCAGCUACCACCCUUACGGCAGCGCGGCCUACCCGUACCAGCUCAACGACCCGGCCUACCGCAAGAACGCCACGCGGGACGCCACGGCCACGCUCAAGGCCUGGCUCAACGAGCACCGCAAGAACCCCUACCCCACCAAGGGCGAGAAGAUCAUGCUGGCCAUCAUCACCAAGAUGACCCUCACGCAGGUCUCCACCUGGUUCGCCAACGCGCGCCGGCGCCUCAAGAAGGAGAACAAGAUGACGUGGGCCCCCAGAAACAAAAGCGAGGACGAGGACGAGGACGAGGGCGACGCGGCAAGGGGCAAGGAAGAGAGUGCCGACAAGGCCCAGGAGGGCACCGAAACGUCGGCGGAGGAUGAAGGGAUCAGCCUGCACGUGGACUCGCUCACCGACCACUCGUGUUCCGCCGAGUCGGACGGAGAGAAGCUGCCCUGCCGCGCCGGGGACCCCCUGUGCGAGUCGGGCUCGGAGUGCAAGGAGAAGUACGAUGACCUGGAGGACGACGAGGACGACGACGAGGACGCCGAGCGGGACCUGGCGCCGCCCAAGCCCGUGACCUCGUCGCCGCUCACUGGUGUGGAGGCGCCGCCGCUGCUGAGCCCCCCGCCCGAGGCCGCGCCCCGCGGGGGUGGGGGCGGCAAGACGCCCCUGGGCAGCCGGACGUCGCCGGGCGCGCCGCCGCCCGCCAGCAAGCCCAAGCUGUGGUCUUUGGCCGAGAUCGCCACGUCGGACCUCAAGCAGCCGAGCCUGGGCCCGGGCUGCGCGCCGCCCGGGCUGCCCGCGGCCGCCGCGCCCGCCUCGAGCGGGGCGCCGCCGGGCGGCUCGCCCUACCCCGCGUCGCCGCUGCUUGGCCGCCACCUCUACUACACGUCGCCCUUCUACGGCAGCUACACAAACUACGGGAACUUGAAUGCUGCGCUGCAGGGCCAGGGCCUGCUGCGGUACAACUCAGCGGCCGCCGCCCCCGGAGAAGCGCUGCACGCCGCGCCCAAGGCCGCCAGCGAUGCGGGCAAGGCGGGCGCGCACCCGCUCCCGGAGCCCCACUACCGGCCCCCGGGCGGCGGCUACGAGCCCAAGAAAGAUGCCAGCGAGGGCUGCACCGUGGUUGGUGGGGGCGUCCAGCCCUACCUAUAG